CGCCAGGGCAUUCCAGCCAAACCUCCUCCCCAGCAUCCCGCCGAUGGAGCCUCUCAAUUUACGCGACAAUACCCUGUCUGCUUACUAACUUUACCCAGAAUAGCUGUAAUUAACUUAGUACUGCUGCUGGAUGUACAUUCUCCUCCGUCAACGCCAACAAUAUUGCUUACUCCAACUCAUCGCCAUCCUGCAAACAAUGGCGCUGGACCCCAGACUCUUGCCUGCUCACCACUCUUCCUCUCGGCCUCAGACCCCAGAGGCUCGCAUCGUCACGUCCACAGCUUCUACGCCUUCGCUGCGGUCGCGGGAUGGCACAUUGCCUCCGCUAGCUAGGAUGGACGGCGGCGGCAAUGUGCGAGUUGUGGUGCGCGUGCGCGCCUUUUUACAAAGAGAACUCGACCGACGCACACGAUGCCUCAUCAAAAUGGACCCCAUCACACAGCAAACAACACUGCUUGCUCCCGACGAAAAAGAAGCCGCGGACCCGAAAGCAAAGACUCGCCGUAUAAUUGACGACAAAAACUUCAUCUUUGACAACUCCUUUUGGAGCCACGACACCAAAGACCGCCACUAUGCCGAGCAAGACGACGUCUACAACUCUCUGGGUGAAGAAUUCCUCGACCACAACUUCGAAGGUUACCACACAUGUAUCUUUGCCUACGGCCAGACGGGCUCUGGAAAAAGUUACACCAUGAUGGGCACGCCCGACAAGCCCGGCCUGAUCCCCAGAACUUGUGAGGAUUUGUUUGAGCGCAUCCAGGCUGCCCAAAACGAAAACACAAACAUUGCCUACAACGUCCGCGUCUCGUACUUUGAAGUCUACAACGAGCAUGUCCGCGAUCUACUGGUGCCCACACACUCGGGCACGACACCAAACUACCUCAAGAUUCGCGAGUCCCCCACCGAGGGGCCCUACGUCAAGGAUCUUACCGAGGUGCCUGUCCGCAACAUCAAGGAAAUCAUGCGCUACAUGAAGUCGGGCGAUGCCUCCCGAACCACCGCCAGCACAAAGAUGAACGACACUAGUAGUCGAAGUCACGCCGUAUUUACCAUUAUGCUGCGCCAGAUUCACCAUGACAUGGAGACGGACGAGACGACGGAACGCAGUUCGCGUAUUCGGUUGGUCGAUUUGGCUGGCAGUGAGCGUGCCAAGUCUACGGAAGCCACGGGCCAGCGUCUGCGCGAAGGCAGCAACAUCAACAAGUCACUCACCACACUAGGCCGUGUCAUUGCGGCGCUGGCCGAUCCCAAGCAGAUGCGGCCGGGCAAGCGCAAGGACGUUGUGCCCUACCGAGAUUCUAUCUUGACAUGGCUUCUCAAGGAUUCGCUUGGCGGCAACAGUAAAACAGCCAUGAUUGCAUGCAUUGCGCCUUCAGACUAUGACGAGACCCUGUCGACACUGCGCUAUGCCGACCAGGCCAAGCGUAUCCGUACACGCGCCGUUGUCAACCAGGACCACAUUUCCACUGCCGAAAGAGACGCCCAGAUUGCCGCCAUGGCCGAGGAGAUUCGCGUGCUGCAGCUUUCCGUAUCAGACUCGCGCCAGCGCGAAAAGAACGCAAAGGAGGCCGAGGAGCGCCUGGAGGAGUACCAGAAUCGCGUGGCCACGAUGCAGCGCCUCAUGGAGGAGCGCACCAUGGUUGCCGAGAGCAAGAUCAAGAAGCUGCAGACCGAAAACGAGGCCCUCAAGCUGCAUCUCAAGCUUGCUAUUGAGAGUCUGAAGAACCCGAUCCCCGCUGUCUACUUGCCGUCCAACAAGGAUGGCAUGGAGGCGGGCGAGGCUGACAAGGAGAAUGACGAUGCUGAUUUCGACUCGGGCAGUGAGGAUGAGGUGCUCGAUGCGGGAUACGAGUCGGAUAGCACGGUUAGCAGGGGCGAGGAGCUACAGGAAGAAAUGACGAGGUAUCUGAUGGACAUGGGUAAUUUGCGGAAGCUGAUUGGUGGUGAUUUGACGAGAUUCAAGGACGCCAAUACCAUUCGAAGGCCCCUGGGGGUUCGGGAGAACUUUUGAGGGAUGUCUUGAUGAGGGAAUGAAUGGGUGGUCUUUUUUGGAACUUGCACAGCGUGGUGUUUUUUGUAUUUUUUUUUGGACGAGAUAUGGAGGAGCCACUCUACUUAUCACAUAUUUAUUUUGUCUAGGGCUAGACGGCACA